GACACGAGAUUCUAACCCGUGGUAUCCCCACACUUGGAAAACUGUUGCGAGACAGAAAAGCACGCGCAAAUGAAAGGAAACCGAGGAUCCGGUCGGAGUGAAGCUGGGUCUGACCGAGCGGAGUUUCGAGCAAACAGGAGAAGGUGCAACAGAGGGCAUUUAGAGCCAUAGCUGUGACACAUCCAGCUAAUGUUGAUGCGCUGCAUUUUACACCCUGCAGACAAAGGAAGUGAUUCAGAGAGAAUACAGUUGAGCACCGGAAGGGGGGGCUUGAACUUUUGACACACACAAAUGGAGCCCCUCUGCAGCUUGCCAGACUCUGCAUAAUGUUCUCCACAUUGGCUUAUGCGCGAGUUCAGCUGUCAGUGUGGAGGAUUGCUGCAGGCUGCAAGGCAACUGUGAGAAGUUCCUGGGAGCGCUGAAAAGUAGAGUGCGAGUCACUUGCAGAGAAGGAGAGGACUCGAACCUUUUCACAGAAGGGAUUAAAAAAAACAAAAAAAAACAGACCUUCUUGAGCAGGAGGCAGCACCUCUGGGAUUGGAAGGAAGCCGGAGCUGGCAGGAUGGUUGUGGUGGUGUGGCUGUCUGCAGAGUGGGCCUGGAAAGCUGUUGUUAUGGUGGCUGGACUUGCAUCUCUGAGCUGUGGUUCUGACGCCAACCUUUUGGACACCAUGCUACUGAGGAGUGGAUGGAGGGAGGGAUCGGACGGGCCGUCGGAGGAGAGCAGCAGCACCGCCACAGUUUCAGCUGAGAACAUGCUGCGGUGCCACUGCUACCCUCAGUGCCCCGAUGGAUCCAUCAACAACACCUGCAUGACCAAUGGUUUCUGCUUCACCAUGGUUACGGAAGAGGAGGGGGGUCAUGCUGUGUUCAGCGCAGGUUGUUUGGCGCUGGGUGGCUCUGAAUUUCAGUGCAGAGAUACUUGGAGUGCACGCUCCUGGAGAGUUCUCGAGUGUUGCACGGAUCAUGACUACUGCAACAGAAAACUACGGCCAACGCUUCCUCCGCUCAUCGCAUCAGAAUACGUAGACAGCAGCAUCCAGUACAUAGCCCUGUUCAUUUCAGUGACAGUUUGCAGCAUCUUUUGUGUCGUUCUCGUCCUCUGCUAUUUCAGAUAUAAGCGACAGACAUCGCGGCCGCCCUACAGUAUCGACUUGGAGCAGGAUGAGACAUACAUUCCUCCCGGGGAGACUCUGAAGGAUCUGAUAGAGCACUCCCGCAGCGCUGGCUCCGGGUCUGGAUCAGGACUCCCUCUGCUGGUUCAGCGGACCAUUGCCAAGCAGAUCCAGAUGGUCAAACAGAUUGGAAAAGGCCGAUAUGGAGAAGUGUGGAUGGGCAAAUGGAGAGGGGAGAGAGUGGCUGUCAAAGUCUUCUUCACAACUGAGGAGGAUAGCUGGUUCAGAGAAACAGAAAUUUAUCAGACCUUCCUGAUGAGGCAUGACAACAUCCUGGGAUUUAUCGCAGCUGACAUUAAAGGAACCGGCUCGUGGACUCAACUGUACCUGAUUACAGACUACCAUGAGAACGGAUCCCUAUAUGACUACCUCAAGUCCAACACCUUAGAUGUCAGCGCUCUGCUGAAACUGGCUUAUUCCUCCAUCUCAGGCCUUUGCCACCUGCAUACAGAGAUCUAUGGCACACAGGGGAAACCUGCUAUAGCGCACCGAGACCUAAAGAGCAAAAACAUCCUGGUGAAAAAGAACGGCUUCUGCUGUAUCGCCGACCUGGGGCUCGCUGUCAAGUUUAACAGUGACACCAAUGAGGUAGACAUCCCUCCUAACCUACGAGUUGGGACCAAGCGCUACAUGCCACCGGAAGUGCUGGACGAGACCCUGAACAUGACCACCUUCCAGUCCUUUAUCAUGGCUGACAUGUACAGUUUUGGUCUCAUUCUUUGGGAAGUGGCACGGCGAUGCACCUCUGGAGGUGUUGUUGAAGAACAUCAGCUGCCCUAUCAUGACCUCGUGCCCACUGACCCUUCCUAUGAAGACAUGAGGGAGGUUGUCUGCAUUAAGAAGCAAAGACCUUCGAUUGCAAAUCACUGGAGCAGCAAUGAGUGUCUACGGCAGAUGGGGAAACUGAUGUCAGAGUGCUGGGCUCACAACCCGGCUUGUCGCCUCACAGCCCUCCGGGUGAAGAAGACCCUUGCGAAGAUGUUAGAGUCCCAAGACAUCAAACUGUGACAGAGAAUCAGAGAGAUGUUUUCUUCUCACCUACAGACUUGUCACUGCCACUGGCACAGACCUCUUAAAAUGACCAAUCGAAGAAAGGGAAAAUAAGAGACUGUGAAUGAUCGGACAAAAGACACUGCCACGCACGAUAGGCGAUAAUGGAGCCAGGAAGAAUGUCAAGAAAAAGAUUUAGCAGACGUCUGUCCUCAGACUAAGAGAUCAGAUUGUGCUUUCUGUGAAAGCUGAGUGUUUGCCCAGGCAAAGACUGUCCAUGUGGGGAGCGGCCCUACAGGUUCCAGUGAGGUUGCCGCUGUAACCUCCUUCCUGAAGCCAUACAGCAGUAAUCUGAGCAGUCUUUUGUGCUGUCACAACUGCCCUUUAUGUGUUUGAAUGAUUUUUAUUUCCAUGAGCUUUGUGAGACUCGUUGCAUGGAGAGUUCACAUUCAACAUGAUGGUAUCUUCAGCCUAAUAAUUCUGAAACAAGUGACCUCAUAGUCAAAACAAUAUUGAAUAUAUAUAUUUAGGCCCGAGCAGCGACAGCGCUGCGUAUUGUAAUCAUAGUGUUUAUUAUUCCGAUUCUGCUCAGUAAAGUGAGGGCCUUUUGGGGGCUUUAUCAUAUUCAAAAACUCACCAAACUUGGAGGACGCACACGGCCUGUGUAAAAUUUACGUAUUUUAAGGCCGUCUGAAAAAUUGCAGAAGAAACGGCUCAACGGCGCCACCUAGCAACUUUCAAAAGACCUUCCGCCAUGACCUUACUUUAUCGUAGAGACAUGAAAUCUGAGAGCUCCCCAAGAUGCACAGAAAAUACAAUUAAUGUCAUCGUGCAAAUCAAACAAGAAGUCGGCCAUUUUGGAUUGAAGUUCCGAUUUUGACCCCACUUUGGCCGUUUACAGACUUCGCAUUUGACUGAGCUCCUCCUAAGGAUUUAAGCCAGAAUUAUGAAACUUGGCACACAUAUGUAUCUUGUCAGGACUUACAACAGCAUUGAAAAGUAAUUUGACUCCACUGCACCUAGGUUAUUCCAUCAGCUAUAUCUCCCCACUACAUCAGGUGACCUGCACGAGAUGCUGUGUGCUUCACCAGGGAGCCCUGCUGAAAAUACAAUACAGCUAAUAUUAACAUAAGUCACCAAAUAAAGCAUCAACUCAGCUGUUCAGAUACACAAACAUAUUCCCAAAACCUUAAACAACAUCAAAGCAGCCCAUGAAAUACAGAACAUUGCAUCCAUCCAUGCCAUGUUAACAUAAUAAUUAUGUAAAUAUACAUUGUUAUAUGUUUUCUGGCUUUUUUUACUAAUUGCGUUUUGUGGGUUAGACUACAAAAAUUUAUUAAUUUUGGUUAAAAAUAAUAUAAGGUAAGUUUUUCAUCAGCAGUCACCGUUUAGAAACUGUUUCAAUAAUUCGCCAGUAGGGGUCAGUAUUACUCCACCAAUGACAAAGAGAUUGAAGGAGAAAAGGAAUUUUCAGAGAAAUAACUUGCAUCUGACAGAAAUCACUGUAACAACAAACUGACAAAAAGAUGAUGAAUAACUAGGUUAGUAUUUGGCCAGUAGGGGUAGUGUCACUCCACCAAUGACAAAAAGAUAGAAAGUCAUUUCUAAAUCCUACAUGCAUCUUUGGAUUUCCAUGUAACUUUUUUUUAUGAUUGACUCUUGUGAACCUCUAAGGAGCCCAACAGCAUUAAAUUGUAAUUUGACUUCACUGCGCCCCUAUGUUAAUCCAUCAGCUGUAUCUCCUCUCUACAUCAGCCGAUCUGCACCAGAUUUUUUGUGCGUCGUCGGGGAGCGCUGCAGAAGGCAUUGAUGUUCUGUGGGCGGCGGUGCUGGAACCCCCGUGGCCGCCAAUAGGUGGGGGUGGCGCUGAGCUGCGAGGGCCACCCGACGCCGCUUGCGGCUUUAAUUUAUUUUGUAAUUUUGUUCUUCAUAAUGUAUUUUUAAGUUUAUUUUGUUUCAAAAUUAAACUAAGAUCUUCUGAGCUUCCCAACCCAA